UCGUUUGGGGAAAGUAGUCGUGGCGAAGACACAAGUGCGCUCAGUUCAACCGAGGAUACCACCUUGCAAGGGUGGAAAAUAUCUGUGGUGCUCCCUGAUUUUUCGUGUUGUAGUAAUAUACAUCAUCUUUAUUUUUUCUUAUUUUCUCACGAAAUCUCAACAAUAUUUUAACUUUCUUACCACAUUGCAAACAACAAAUUUGUGUCACUCGGGGGUGCACUUUUGACAAAAUUCAAGGAAAAUUGGAGAGGAAAAAAACAUUUUAAAACGAAAGAUCCUGAGGAAAUUUUAUGACUUGUGAAAUGUGAAUUUUCCUCAUAGUGCUGUUAAUGUUUUACUUCGUGUUCUUGGACAUAAGUACUGCACAAGACAUCACUCAGUGUUACGAAUUGACGAAGAAAAAUCCCAAACAACAAUGUGAAAAUCUAUUUACAACUUUUCACACCAUCUCUCUUUCUCUUCUCUUAAUAAAUUUUCGUGUAUCGUGAAUGAAAUAACAUAAAGUGCAAUUACAACUUUUAUAUCCCUUUCGCUUUUCUCUCUGUGGACUUGGAAAAACAUCAACCAAACAAUUCACCAUCGACAUUCAACUUUUGCCACACAAUCCUUAACCAUCAUCUUGUACUGUAUAUACCUCACCUUACCACCAAACAAUAAACUCAGUGGAAAUGCUGUGGCAAGAAAAAAAAUUGUUGAAACAUUUUGCAGUUUUCACGUAACAAAAUCAAGGAAGGAAGUCAAGGGAGAGAAGAUAGGGAAGAUUAACAAGAGCUCCUAUAUCUUUGCUCUUGAGAUUUUUAUUCAACAUUUCAACUCAUCUUUUUUUGCAUCUCCCUCUAAAACUAUUCAACAUCUUUCGUGUAUUGUUUUCAUUUUCCGUAUCCAAAAGUGAGUGUGUGUUGUGCUAUUUUUGCGGUAGAGGAAAAUCCCUUUUCUUCUUUAUUUUUGUACUUCUUUCCUCACAAUCACCGGAGAAAAUUGGUGAGAUGUGGAAUAUUUAGUAUACCCAUUCUCCCAUCCUUGCUAUACAAACUCACAAAAGUCCAUUUGGCAAAUUAAGAGAGGAGGUGUAUAUAGAAAAAACGGAUAAAAAAGACCGUAUAGAAACUAAAAUUUCCACCAAUAAAAUAAUCUCAAGAGUGGAAAGUGAUGUCAAUGAAACGACUGGCCGUGAUUGCAGCAGUUAGUUCACACAACAGCCUCAGCAACAAUUCCAUAUCGUACUACAGUGUGGAUAAGGGUGGUCACCAGGGACUCCAGACAAUGCGUCCGGGUGCCAAUUUGCAUGGAAAUGUCAAUGUACUUCUUGGCGGAGCAAUGCUGUCAGUGGUAAUAACAGUGGUAUGUUUCGUAUGCUACUGUUGCCAUCGCACCAUUAAGAAACGAUCCACAUCCACAUAUCGUCAACGAUGGCUCGAGACUGACACAAAUAUGGAAAUUUAUAGCGUUGAACAGUGCUACGACACAUCAGGAAUUUAUGUGGAUACUCCAGAAGGAGUUGCAUUGCCCGGCCAUGGUCCCCCACCAUCCUACGAACAAGUUGUAGCUCUGGAUGAGAUGGCAGCACGUCAUCCCAAUGCCUUCAAGACAACUCGGCCAUCAUUGCGACACAGUCAGAGUCAUCCCGGCCACUUUUGUCCCUUCAUGCUCCUCGAGGCGGAGACCACCAAGUGCCCAGAAUAUGCCCAACUCAAAUGUGACUCAUCCCCAGCACAGGAGGAGGAGGCUGCAGGAAAUUCUGCAGUACCAGAGACAGCUAAAGUAGAGGAGCAAAUUCUAUCGCCAAGACACAUUGUCAGUGGCAAAUUGACCCUGCCAUCGCCAUGUCAGUGUCAACAGAUGGACAAUAUGAGUCCCAGUGGGGAGACAAUGGACUGGAGCUGUAGUGCAACACCAGAAGAUGAAGACGACCAACAAACGACACUCUUCAUUGCCCAAGAGACAAAUGGGAAUAGUUUAUGCCAAGGCAGUGGUCUAGAAUGCAGUUGCACAAGAAACAAUAAUUGUCUACCGUCCACAUCGUCAUCAUCAGCAUCAACUCGUGGCUGCUGUUGCAACAACAACAACAAUAACAACGCCCAAAUAACAUCAAAUGACAAUGAUAUGAACAGAAAUCCCCGACCAAUUGAUUUUGAGAGUCUCAAUGAGAAUGGACUCGUUCGCAUUGACAUCAGUCAGAUAAUCGAUAAGACAGGAUUGCCUACCUACGAGGCAGCAAUACGUUUAGAAUCCAGUGGAUACGUCUAGUAGGGAUGAGAUUUUUCACCCAUCACCACCACCACCACUACCAUUCCUGACAGGAAAUAUUCCCUCAGCGAAUUUCACCCCAGUCAGUGUUAUACAACAUAGAAAUUCAACAUGAAAUCUAUUUAAAUACAAUAAAUAAUAGAAAGUGCUGCAGGGAGCUCCUUGAGCGCAAAUCACCCCCCAGUAAAAAUGUCCUGAAGCGGCAAAAUCUCAAAAUCGCUGUCACAUAGAUAAUGUUCCAAUACAUUUUGGGUAGCCGGUCUGGAAGAAAUUGCUUGAUAAUGAGACAUGGAAAUGGCAUGAAGAAAUGGAUGUUGCAUUGAAGAAAUUUUACCAAGCACUUUGCCCACCCAUUUCGCACGCCCCAAAAAUAACAU